AUGGCAGAGAAUGAGGAGAAGUCUACAGCGAUGGCUGCUCCCGAAUUGGUUGGAAAUCUUGUCGGCGAAUUCGUCACAGCGUGCCAGUCGUCGGUGCGAGAUAAGGACAAUUUCAUUGUUUGGGAUCAUCUGGAGGUGGAAGGCAGUGGUCAAGGGCAUGCACUCGCUCCUACGGUUGGAUCGAUGUUCGAACGAUACGCGCGCGGAGCGAUGUCAUUGUUUAGCAAUGGAAGUGAACCGUCUCGCAGAAUCCUCCACGAUUUCAACGGGAUUACAAAGGCUGGAGAUCUUCUGAUGGUUAUCGGUCGACCUGGCAGCGGUUGCACAACAUUUUUGAAGAGCUUGUGCCAUAUGCAUGCCGAGUAUAAAAGCACCAGCGGAAAUCUACUGUAUGGUGGCAUCAAGGCAAAUUUCAAGGACCCUAAAGCUCCAGUGGAAGCAACCUUCUGCGCGGAGGAGGACAUCCAUUUCCCAAGCUUGACAGUUGAGGAAACCCUGAGAUUUGCUGUGAACUCUCGUUUUAGCAACGUCAUGUCCUCCGCAGAAGUAGGGAAGACCGUGCUCAACCUUGCCCGUUUGUUCGGGAUCAAUCAUGUUUUGGCGACCAGAGUCGGCAGUGAGCAAAUGAGAGGCGUGAGUGGUGGAGAGAGGAAACGAGUAUCUCUAGCUGAAGCUCUAGUGACAUGCCCUGACCUGAUUUGCUAUGACAAUCCUACCGCCGGCCUUGAUUCCUCAACCGCCCUUGAAUUCAUGCAUAUGAUGCGUGAAUAUGCCAUCCAAUCUUAUUGCACUGUGGCCAUGAGUCUGUACCAGGCCAGUGAUGAAAUGGUUCCUUUAUUUGACAAAGUGCUUGUCAUUAAUUCUGGACGCUGUGUCUACUACGGUGGCAUGGUCUCAGCCAAGUCCUAUUUUGAGACCCUAGGUUUCUACUGUCCACCAACGAUGUCGAUUACCGACUUCUUGAAUUCGAUGUCUGCAGACCCUGAAGCCCGCCAGUUGCACCGUGAAGCAGACCCUUGGUCAGUCCCGCAAACCCCGGAUGAGCUUGCAAAUGCAUUCUUGACAAGCGAGAUGUCGAAACAGCUCAGAGUGCAGAUCGACAAAGCAACCAGUGGCGCAAGCAACAUGGAGAAGACCCCUAAUGGACGGACAAAACCACGACAGGCAUACUCGAUCCCCAUUCUCAGACAGAUUCUGCUAUGUGCGUAUCGCCAGUAUCGCAUAUUCAUCACAGACUACAACGCCUGGGUGGUCGAAGCAGCCUGCAUGGUGGUCCAGAGUAUCAUCCUCGGUACAAUCUUCCGCAACCUCCCACAUGAAACCUCGUCACUGUACCAGCUAGGGUCGGUUGUUUUCUACGCGAUCCUGGUGCCUGGGCUUCAGUCAAUGAGCGAAUUUGGCAAUACUUUUGCACAAAGACCCUUGCUGCUGAAGCAUAAGCGAUACCGCUUCUACCACCCAAUGUCGUAUGGAUAUGGUCAGAUCCUUUCGGAUGUUGCGUGGAAAGUGGUGAUUAUUGCAUACAACAUCCCGAUGUAUUUCCUUGCCGGGCUUCAUCGCACGGCAGGCCAUUUCUUCAUUUUCUUCUUCGUGGCCUAUAUCUCCCAUUUAUCGCUUUCCAUGUUCUUUCGAUUCCUCGCUGUCAUGUCACCCUCUGUGGAACGCGCGGGUCUUCCCGUGGGCAUCUUCUUGACAACGCUGGUCAUCUAUGCGGGCUGGUAUGUUCCACCUCCGCAGAUGCAAGUCUGGUUGAAGUGGUUCCGGUUUCUGAAUCCAAUGUACUACGCAUUUGAAGCGCUUAUGAUCAAUGAAGUCGGAGGUGCUGCGUAUGAGUGUAGCUCCUCCGACCUCAUUCCUCGUGGCCAGAAUUACACCGAUAUGGCAUACCGGGCUUGUGCCAUCUCAGGCUCUGAGCCGGGGAAGAGUGUUGUUCAAGGUGCUUCAUAUCUACGAAACUACUACGACUUCGACAAUUCGCACCUCUGGCGGAAUGUCAGCAUUAAUGUGGGAUUUUUCGUCUUUUUCGCCAUCAUAAAUGCCAUGCGUGUCGUUUCUCCAUCGACCAAUAGCACCCAGAAUGAUCUUGAAGCUCAAGGGUCUCCCAAGCCGGCAAGAAAGAUACCGGAAUCGGAAAUUAUUCAACCUCAUGGUGGUCACUCAUUCGCCUGGAAGGAUCUCCAUCUCACUCUUCGCAAAAACGGAGAGGAGCGAACCCUGCUACAGCAUAUUGACGGUUACAUUGAGUCUGGAACAUUGACAGCGUUAAUGGGUGUCUCUGGGGCUGGCAAGACAACAAUGCUCAAUGUCUUAGCUGGACGACUGGACUUUGGUAAAUUGAGCGGGACACUCUAUCUAGAUGGAUCCCCCCUUCCCAAAUCAUUCCGCUGGAGAAUGGGUUACGUUCAACAGCAAGAUGUUCAUCUUCCUUCCCAAACGGUGCGAGAAGCUCUCAGAAUGACGGCCCGGCUCCGUCGACCACCCUCGCUUUCAACAGAAGAGAAAGAUGCAUACGUCGAGCAGGUUCUCGAUAUGCUCGGAAUGCAAGAUAUCUCGGAAGCGCUGAUCGGAGUGCCCGGCGCAGGCCUCAACCUCGAACAGCGAAAGCGCGUCUCCAUGGGUAUUGAACUGGCAGCAAAGCCAGACAUCUUAUUCUUGGACGAACCGACAUCUGGACUGGAUGGACAGGCUGCUAUAUCUUUGAUCCAUCUGCUGAAGAAACUAUCGCGAUCGGGCCAGACGAUUCUCUGCACUAUCCACCAGCCUGCCGCAGCCAUGCUUGAGGUUUUUGACAAUCUGCUCCUUCUGGCCAAAGGUGGUCGAGUGAUUUAUGCCGGACCUUUGGGCGACCAUUGUGCCACAGCAUUGAACUAUGUCAGUCAGUACACGGAACCUUGCGACUCCAAGCGAAACCCGGCGGAGUACUUGCUAGACGUCGUUGGCGCUGGUUCACGGUCAACUGUUACAGCGGACUGGGCUCAAAUCUGGUCUGCAAGCAGCGAGCGUCGCGUUGAGGAUUCAAAACUGCAAGGCCUUAGGGAUGAGAUCUCUAUGGAAGAAGUACCUCGUUCCCAGCUCUAUGCCACUUCCCUUCCCCAUCAACUUUCGGUUGUGCUUCAUCGUACCUGGUUAUGGUACUGGCGUGAGCCGCAGUAUUUUUCUGCCAAACUUUGGCUAAGUAUAGCCAAUGGCCUCGUCAAUGGUUUGACAUUCUUGAACAUCCCCAACACUCAGCAAGGGGCAUUUGACCGGGUGUACUCGGUCUUCUUGUCUUUUUUAAUGGGCCCGCCUCUUGGCUUGUUUAUGGAGCCACGAUUUACCACCCUCCGUGACAUCUUCAUGUAUCGGGAGAAGGCCAGUCGAGCAUACCACUGGUCGGUUUUUAUUGUGAGCUUGAUCAUCGUUGAACUGCCUUUCACCCUCGUCACUGCUCUCAUAUAUUGGCUCUUGUGGUAUUUCCCGGCUGGGCUGCAGUCUGAUCCCUCUCAUGCCGGUUAUGCACUGUUGUGCUACUGGCUGUUCUCAAUCUUUACCAUGAGUGUGGCAUAUCUGAUUGCCGCCUGGAUGCCCAACUUGAAUGCCUCUCUCAUGGCAAACGGCUUUUUCUUCAUGUUUAUAAAUACGUUUGCCGGGACCUUGACAGCACGCGAGCUUACACCAGCAGGCUGGAGUUGGUACUUCAAUGUCUCUCCACUGUACUAUCUUGCCGAGGGUCUUACUACCAAUUCCCUCUAUGGACAUGAGAUCCGUUGUGCAUCGAAUGAGGUGACUUUCUUCAACGCACCUGCAAACGACACUUGCAUCAGCUAUGCUGGGUCAUUCUUACAGUCUACCACAGGUUAUCUGGUCAAUCCAGAUGCCACGGGGGCGUGCGAUUAUUGUCGCUAUGCAAAUGGCCAGGAAUAUUACCAACAAUUUGGAUAUGAUAACAGUCGUAAGUAUCGCGAUAUCGGGAUCUUGAUUGGGUUCAUCUCAUUCAACUUUACGGCCGUCAUCCUCGGUACCUACUUGACCAAGAUCUACAAAUGGAAGCGCGUGGCUCAUUGA